AUGGGAUUUUGUAUGCUUCAAUAUACGAGUAAUAUAUAUAGGUCUUUUCAUAAUUUAGAAGAUUUUAUAAAUUUUAAGCAUAAAGAGUAUCUGUGUGAAAUAUACUUUUCUUUUCCUGUUGGACCAAAUAUCGAUUUAGAAACCAUAUUACCUCCAAAUAUAGAAUGUAUCAAAUUAAAAUUAGAUUGCAUAUUUAAUACAAAAGUACCAAGUUUUAUUAAGAGUAUAGGUCCAUUAACAAUUAAUGAUGAUUUUUCAAAUGAAAAUAUAAAAAAUUCAAAUCUUCAAAAAAUAAAAAUAAAAAGUUAUAAAAAAUUAAAUUUUAAAAAAUUGCUGCCUGAUUCCAUCACAAGUUUAAAUAUAGAAAAAUAUCAAUAUUCAUUGAAAAAUGAACUACCCCCAAACCUCAAGAUUUUAAAGUGUCAAAAUAAUACAGCAAAUAAAAAUAGAGCAAUACCACAGUCAGUUACCAAACUCAAAUAUUUAAUGGAGUCAAGAUCAACCUUUAGACCAAAAACCUUACCAGAUAAUUUACUCUCUUUAACAAUAGAAAAAAUAUUCCCGGAUAUUCAUCAUCUUUCUAUAGAAAAUGGUUUUGUUUUUCCCGAGUCUUUAACAUAUUUAGAUAUAUAUUGUGGUUACUCAUUGUAUUUCAAAUUACCACCCCAACUAGAGCAUCUUGAUUUAGAAAUGGGAGAAAGUGAUUAUCAUAUUAAAACUGAAAUGUUACCUAAAACAUUAAAAACUUUAUUUUUCCAUGGUGGUUCAAACUUCGAUCAUGACAAUGUUGUUCUUCCCGACACUAUCGAAAAUUUAGAGUUUAGUUUACAUUGGUCUGGUAAUUCCUUUAAUCAACAAUUAAAAAAACAAUUUUUACCAAAUAGUUUAAAGCAGCUUAGUUUUAAAAAUCAUCAUCCAUCAAGGCUUCAGAUAGAAAAAGGCUUUAAUAAUGGUGGGUUUCCUUUAAUCGAAGAAGGCUUAUUUAAACACACUCAACUAACCUCUAUAGACUUUGGCGACAUAUUUAAUCAACCCAUUGGCAUAAAUGUAUUACCACCAACACUUAAAAAACUAAUAUUGGGAAAUAGCUUUGAUCAAGAUUUAAUCCAAGGAAGCUUACCACACUCUUUAGAAUAUUUAUCAGUUUCAAAAUAUACAUACAACAAAACCAUUUGUGUCAGUAAUCCUUAUACAAUGGUUAAUUGUAAAUCAUACCAUAACCAGUUUAAAAAUUCACCAGAAAAACUUUUAGCACUAAUAGUAUCCCCAUCAUAUAAUUACGAAAAAAUAGAACCGCCAUCAAUUAAAAUUUUUAUAAAUUUAGAAGUUUUGGAUCUCUCAUAUUUAUACGAUUUCAUUCAAUUUUCAAAAGAAAAUUUCCCAAGUAACUCAAUUAAAAAGCUAAUUUUAACCUCUUCUUUCGUUGGCGAAAUAGAUUUAAUAUAUUUUCAGAAUUUAGAGUAUUUAACUAUCAACAACUCCUGUCCCAAAAUGAUAACAUCAAUCGACGAAAAUGGAUUUUAUAACUUUUAUAAUUUAAAAAAUAUAAUUUUGAAUCAAAAUAGUUUUCAAUUUAUAGAUUCAGUAAAUACAGUAUUUUUUCAAUUUUUUAAAAUAAUCAAAAAUAAAUCAAAAAAUUAA